AUGGAUGACAAACUAGAUAUCUUCAGGAGGGAGUUAGCAGACAUUCAGGGUGUUCCCCUAUUCUGGAGCAUUGCUGAAGAAUGGUCCCAGGUGGAGUCAUUUGAAGCCCGGCCAGAUGACAUUCUGAUCUCGACCUAUCCUAAAUCUGGAACAACCUGGGUCAGUGAAAUAUUGGAUUUGAUCUAUAACAAUGGGGAUGUAGAGAAGUGUAAACGGGAUGCAAUAUAUAAUCGAGUGCCAUUCAUGGAAUUGAUAAUCCCUGGAAUCACAAAUGGCAUUGAGCAAUUGAAAAACAUGCAAUCUCCUCGUUUAGUCAAAACACACCUCCCUGUACAACUUCUCCCUUCUUCAUUGUGGAAGAAUGACUGCAAGAUGAUCUAUGUGGCACGAAAUGCCAAAGAUGUGGCUGUCUCUUACUAUUAUUUCCACCAGAUGGCAAAAAUACACCCAGAUCCUGGUACCUGGGAGGAGUUCCUGCAUAAUUUCAUGGCUGGAAAUGUGUGCUUUGGUUCCUGGUAUGAUCAUGUGAAGGGCUGGUGGGAGAAGAGGAAAGAUUAUCGUAUCCUUUACCUAUUCUAUGAAGACAUGAAAGAGGAUCCAAAGUGCAGUCUUCAUAAGUUGUUAAAGUUCCUGGAAAAAGAGCUUCCAGAAGAAACAGUAGAUAAGAUCCUCUAUCAUAGUUCAUUCGACGUGAUGAAGCAGAACCCAAGUGCAAAUUAUACUACUAUGGCGUCUGAAAUGGACCAUUCUGUGUCACCCUUCAUGAGAAAGGGUAUUUCUGGAGACUGGAAGAAUCACUUCACUGUAGCCCAGUAUGAGAGAUUUGAAGAAGAUUAUGCAAAGAAAAUGAAAGGAUCUACACUGCAGUUUCGAUCAGAAAUUUAA